AUGAACAAUUAUGAAGUCAUCAGUCAGAUUGGAGAGGGUGCGUUUGGGAAGGCCUUCCUGGUCAGAGACAAAGGAGGAGGUGGAGACGGACAGUGUGUGGUCAAACAGAUCAACCUCAGGAAGAUGUCAGCGAGAGAAAAGGAAGCGUCUAUGAAAGAGGUGACGCUGAUGUCCAAGAUGAAACACCCCAACAUCGUUACCUUUAUCCGCUCAUUUCAAGAGAGGGGCAGUCUGUGUAUAGUGAUGGAGUACUGUGACGGAGGAGAUCUGAUGAAGAAGAUCAACAUGCAGAGAGGAGUCGCCUUCACUGAGGCGAAGAUCGUGGAUUGGUUCGUUCAGAUCUGCCUGGGCCUCAAACACAUCCACGACAGGGAGAUUCUCCACAGAGACAUCAAAUCUCAGAAUAUCUUUCUAACCAACGGAGGGAUGAAAGCAAAGCUCGGGGACUUUGGAAUCGCAAGAAUGUUGAAUAACACCAUGGAGCUGGCCAGGACUUGUGUUGGGACACCGUACUACCUCUCCCCAGAGAUCUGUGAGAAUCAGCCCUACAACAACAAGACGGAUAUCUGGUCUCUGGGCUGUGUCCUGUAUGAACUCUGCACACUGAGACACCCAUUUGAGGGCAGCAGUCUGCGGCAGCUGGUCAGUAAAAUCUGCAGGGGGCGCUAUAACCCAGUGCCUAGCCGCUACUCCUAUGACCUUCGUCUGCUGGUGACCCAACUCUUUAAGGUCAGCCCUCGGGACCGUCCCUCUGUCAGCUCUGUCCUUAGCCGGCCCUUCCUGGAGAAGCACAUCAGCAAACACCUGGACCUACAGGUGAUGCAGGAGGAGUUUAGUCACACGGUGUUACAUGGAAACAGAGCUCCAGCCUCACAGGCCUGUAAAACAAGAGCAGAUAAGAUACAGAAGUCCAGAGCUGCAGAGAGGCCCAGGCCUGCUGUGAAGAGACUGCCUGCUAAACCAGAGUGGAGAGUCCCACUCAGAGUCUACACUCCUGUCCCCUACAAACCCCUCCAUAACAGAGCAGGAUCCGUGUCUCACCCUGCAGCUGGAGGAGAGGUUGCUGGGCAGCAGAACCGAAGGUUUGGCCAGCAGCCAUUGAACCACUACCAGCACUAUCAUGCCCAGCUGGAUGCCUUUCAGAGGAGAAACAAGGAGGAUGUCCUUCCUCCUCCUCCUCCUCCUCCUCCUCAGGAGAGAGAGAAGCAGCAAUGUAAAGAACACACUGUUCCUCCUGUGGAACCGUACCAGCUUGUGGCUGCAGCUUGUAAUCCGUAUCUGCAGAGGAGACAGGAGGCUAACCUGUACAAGCUGAGAGCAGAGAAACAGCUGGGUCUGCGUCCAUGUACAGCUGAACGCAACAGGAAGUUGGAUGGUCAGGAGCAGGAUGUGGGGCGACCUGAACACCAACACACACCUCAGGACAGGAGGUGGGAGGGGCAGCAGGAGUAUCUGCGUCAGUUGGAUGUCAUCAGACAGCAGUAUCACCAGGAGAUGAGACAGAUGAGGCUGAGAGCUGAACCAGAGCCAAACAUACAACACAGACUUGGAACCUUUGUAGUGGAGAAACCCAACGACUCAGAACCUCCUGCAGAUAGUAAAGAGCAACAGAAAGCCCUACCUGCUCAGGACAUUGAAGCAGCUCUGAGGAAGAUCAGAGAGGAGAACAGAGAGCACAGGAGAGUGCUGGAGAGAAAACACAAAGACAAGAAAGGAAUCAUGUUUGAGAUCCGGUUAGAUGAUAAAGGGAUGAAAGACGACACAGAGAAGGAGAAAGAGGAUCCACGGGAAGAGGAAGAGGAGGAGGAGGAGGAGGAGGAGAGGGUGAGUGAUGGAGGACAUAAGGACGUGGAGGAAGUGGACCCUCUGAACCAGACACUGAGCUUCCAGGAGGGAGAUGAGUUGAAGCUCAGGGAUUGGUCAGAGGUGAGGAGGGGUUGGAGCCAGAGGACUCCUCAAACUCUUCUAGAGGCGCUUGCCAACAUGGACGUCAACUCCGUGUGCAGCACUGUGGUGGAGUCAGAACAAGGUAAGGAAACACCAGGUCGCAGGCAGUGGGUCAACGAUCCCCCCAACACCCUCCUGAAUGCUCUCGCUCAGGCUGAACUCACAUCAUCAACGGUGGACUCAGUGACUACAGAUUUAGAGUCAGAGAAGGACAGAGCAGAGGAGAGGAAGGAGGAGGAAGAAGAGGAGGAGGACUCUGACCUGGAGAUGGAUGAAGAGCGUUUGGAGCCGAGGUCAGACGAUGAUGACACGAACUUUGAGGAGUCAGAGGAUGAGCUGAGAGAGGCAGUGACAGACUCCAUGAAGAACCUGUUUGUCAUGGAAGACAGCAGCUCGGAUGAGGCAGAGAACAGAGAGGAGGGGGUAGUAGUGGAUGAUGGAAUGAAGCAGAGUGAAGAUGGAGGUGCAGUGAAUGAUGUGCACCCUCAACAAAUCCAGCCAGAAGUGGAAGAUGUCACAGCUGUACCAGCAGGAGCCAUCUCCUCUGAGCCUGAACUACAUGACAGUCAGUGUGAGUGUCAGAUGAGUCACAUGUAGAUGAUAGACUUCAUAGACAGCAUCAAACU